AACCAUCCGGUCGGUCUACAUUCUCCGGCCCAAUAACCACCAAAAGAAGUGCAAGGUUUUUGAAUGAAGAAGACAACACUUAUGUUGAAAUAACAUUGGACGUACGAGACGAUACCGUUUUAUUACAUGACGUUAAAGGAGCAAACCCUAAUCAAGAAGCUGUCUUGUUAACGUCGGCGAAACAAUGGCCGGCGAAUUCACUUGGAACCCAGCUCUCGUUUAGGCUUAAACAAGUUUCUCAUGAACUCAAAAGGAUGACUUCUUCCAAGAAGUUUAAUCGUCUCGACAGAUCAAAGUCCGGCGCCGCCGGAGCUCUCCGGGGAUUACAGUUUCUGAAUAAGAAUAACGUUGGCAAUGAUGGGUGGUCGGAAAUUGAAUCGAGGUUUUCUGAUUUGUCUGUUAAUGGGUUGUUACCCAAAUCUCUCUUUGGACAAUGCAUCGGUAUGAAAGAGUCGAAUGAAUUUGCGGGGGAGAUAUUUGAUGCUUUAGCACGAAGGAGAGGAAUAACAUCGGUAUCGAUAACAAAAGUUCAAUUACGUGAUUUUUGGGAACAGAUUUCGGAUACAAGUUUUGAUGCUAGAUUACAAACAUUUUUUGAUAUGGUUGACAAGAAUGCGGAUGGAAGAAUUACGGAAGAAGAAGUGAAACAGAUCAUAACUCUAAGUGCUGCUGCAAAUAAGUUAUCGAAGAUCCAAACAAAUGCUGAGGAAUAUUCAGCCCUAAUUAUGGAAGAGCUUGAUCCCGAUAACCUAGGAUACAUCGAGUUGUACAAUUUGGAGACAUUACUUCUACAAGUACCAAACCAAUCUACACACCUAACAACAUCGAACAGUCGAGUAAUGAGCCAAAUGUUAAGCCAAAAGCUACUCCCAACCCGAGAGCCAAACCCUAUAAAAAGAUCCUACAAAUAUCUCUCAUACUUCAUCGAAGACAAUUGGAAGCGAAUUUGGGUUCUAGCCCUAUGGUUAUCGAUUUGUGCCGCCCUUUUCGCUUGGAAAUUCGUACAAUACAAACACCGAGCCGUGUACCAUGUGAUGGGCUAUUGCGUAACCACAGCCAAAGGAGCUGCCGAAACAACGAAACUCAACAUGGCGAUAAUCCUCCUCCCGGUUUGUCGAAACACAAUUACUUGGCUAAGAAGUCGAACCAAAUUGGGAUUAAUAAUCCCAUUCGACGAUAACAUAAAUUUUCACAAGGUUGUAGCUUGGGGGAUCGCGGUUGGGGUAGGUUUACACGCGGGAGCUCAUCUUACGUGUGAUUUUCCUCGCUUGCUUCACGCGACUGAUGAGGAGUAUGAGCCAAUGAAACAGUUUUUCGGGGAGAAGAGACCGAAUAACUAUUGGUGGUUUGUAAAAGGGACCGAGGGAUGGACCGGAGUUAUUAUGGUUGUGUUGAUGGUUGUGGCUUUUACGUUGGCACAACCUUGGUUUCGUCGAAAUCGAGUUAACCUACCGAAGACUAUCAAGAAUUUAACCGGUUUUAAUGCGUUUUGGUAUUCUCAUCAUUUGUUUGUGAUUGUUUAUGUCCUAUUCAUCAUACAUGGAUACUUUCUAUACCUUUCAAAGAAAUGGUACAAGAAAACGACAUGGAUGUACCUAGCCGUACCAGUUUUGUUGUACGCGACUGAACGUCUUAUUCGAGCGUUCAGAUCGGGGUACAAGACUGUUCGUAUUUUGAAGGUUGCAGUUUAUCCUGGAAAUGUCCUCGCAUUGUACAUGUCCAAACCUCAAGGUUUUAAAUACACAAGUGGUCAAUAUGUAUUCGUAAAUUGCUCCGACGUCUCACCGUUACAAUGGCAUCCCUUUUCGAUUACUUCUGCACCGGGAGAUGAUUACUUGAGCAUUCACAUCCGAACCGUAGGCGAUUGGACUUCUAAACUAAGAUCCAUCUUCUCAAAGGUUUGUCAACCUCCAAUUGAAGACCAAAGCGGGCUACUAAGAGCCGACAUAGGACAAGGAAACGAAAAGAUACCUAAGAUGCCUAGGUUACUAAUCGACGGUCCUUAUGGAGCCCCAGCACAAGACUACAAACAAUACGACGUUCUCCUCUUGGCCGGUUUAGGCAUAGGUGCCACUCCUCUCAUUAGCAUUGUGAAAGAUGUCCUUAACAACAACAAUAAACAACAUAAGGAUAUUGAAGAAGGGAAGAAGAAUCCUUUCGCGACAAAACAAGCAUAUUUCUAUUGGGUCACAAGGGAGCAAGGUUCGUUUGAGUGGUUUAGAGGCGUGAUGAAUGAGGUAGCAGAGAACGACGAGCAAGGACUCAUUGAGCUUCAUAAUUAUUGCACGAGCGUGUACGAGGAAGGCGACGCUCGAUCAGCUUUGAUUACAAUGUUGCAGUCGCUUAACCAUGCUAAAAAUGGGGUUGACAUAGUUUCGGGUACGAGGGUUAAGACACAUUUUGCUAGGCCGAAUUGGCGUAAUGUCUAUAAGCGUGUGGCUCUCAACCACCCCAACAAACGAGUUGGAGUAUUCUAUUGCGGGCGACCAGGAUUGGUGAGAGAGUUGAGACAGUUGGCUCAAGAUUUUUCACACAAAACAAGUACCAAGUUCGAUUUCCACAAGGAGAACUUUUGAUUCAUUUGUCACAAUUUUAUU